AUGAUCCUGCCUGAAGACACAAAGGCACCACUAUCAGACGACGAGUAUGACGAACUGGACUCUGCCGACUUUGGCAUCGACGAAGAUGUUGGCGUCCCGUUUGUGCCGCACCCAUCAAUAGGCUAUGGCCACCCACUCACGGCCUCCAACUUGGCAGGCAACAACCAGCUCGAGGCCCAGCCGUUCCUUGGCGCCGGUGGCGACGUCGAACUUGCCAUUUAUCCUCCACCAUACACCCCACGAGCCGGCAGCUCCACUUCUCUCCCUCCUCCCAAAUCAGCACGGCGCAACUUGCGAGACCGCCUGCGCGAUGCGCCGCGGUUGGCUAUUGGCUUUGCCGUCUUGUUCUUUCUCUACAUUGUCGCACAUCCUGGACGGCGACACUGGCGGCACCCGCCUCCUGGGAUGGGUAGCUUCCCUGGCGGUGGUGGUGCCGGUGGGUUUGGCGGCGACCAGGGAAAUGGAGGACGGCCACGACCUGGCCAUCCUGGCGACGACGACUACAGCCAGUUUGGCGGCCAGGCGGUCGAGUGCGCCGUCUUCACCGACAGCCAGGUGGGAGCGAACCGUGCUGCCGAGGCCGUCUUUGCCUUGCCCCUGGCUGCCGACCAGCUCUUCUUCUCUUUACGCGGUCCGGCCGAUGUCGGCAUCAUCGAGGUCGAUGCGUACGACUAUGUCGAUUCCAGCUCGGUCCCCGACAGCGCGAUCACGUUUGGCGACGAGGCGGUGGCCGACGCCAGGCGCGGACCACCGGUCAUUGUCACUGUGCGCGGCGAGUUUUCGGCUCCUGAGACUGGUGCUGCGGACACGGGCAACUCGCCUGGGUGGGCAAUGCUCUCUGCGUCCAAGGUAUGCUUGAUGCUCCAGAACGGUUCUAUGCCUCUGCAUUCGCCGCAUCAGCCUCCGCCUGCUGCUGCACGCCACGGACAUGGCGAGGGUCCCGAUGGCGGCCAUCGCAACGGUCCCCGCUUCGGUGUCGCUGUUAGGAGCAAGGAAGUGGCAGAUGUGCCCAGCUCAAGCCUCACUUUCCGCAUUCACGUUUCCCUCCCGCGGUCCAAGGAUGGCAAGGUCGACACGGAGGAGGUCGCCAAGAGCCUCAACGCCGACGCUCGUCGGUCAAGGAGGCAUUCUCAGACUCAAAAGCCCGGUCGCGAGGCGGGCUUCAUCGACACCCUCCUGGGCGCCUUUGGUUCCCACGCGCCUUCUUCAUUGCCUGUCGACCUCGUGCCCCCCAUUACCAUUCGGAGCGAGGAGGGAAACGUUCAUGUCGGCGACCUCUCGGGCGUCAACAUGGCUGGGUUCGAGGUUAGGGCCGUUGUUGGCGACGUCGUCGUCGAGCACGUCCGCGCCGAGGUCGUCAACAUCAAGACGCUGGGCAACAUCCGCGCCAACGUUUCCGUCUCGCACAGUGUCGAGCUCGUCACGCCGGCUGGUGCCAUAGACCUGGACCUGUCCCUCGCCAAGUCACCUGCCCAUCGCUUCUUCCUUUGGGAGAGCGAGCAGAGUCCCGACCGCCCUCACACACAACGUCCUUCGAACAACAGGCACAACUCUUCCGACCCCGAGUGCGCCCUCCAGCCCAUCACCGCCAACGUCAACGGCAACAAUGACCGCACCAUCGUGCGCCACGGCACAUGGGAGGUCCCCUGUCGCCAGCUGAGCCAGCGUGUGCACUCGAUGGUCGGCGACAUUGAAAUCUACGCCCACCCGAACUUUGAAGGUGACGUCCGCUUCUCGACCUCGAAGGGUGAGAUCGAGGUGGACGUCACCGACGAGACUGCGGACCCGACGGGCGCAGGUCGCCGUCGCGUCCUGGACCUCAAUCGCGCAGAGCACAACGGCGCAAAGGAGUACCGGGGCACCAUUGAGUGGGCCGACGUUCAGGGCCGCGAGCGCGAUGUCGAGCGCCACACCGACGACUACGAGUACGACGCCGACGAGCACCUCGACCGCGUAGACUAUGACGACGAGUUUGCCGAGGGCGACCGCCGCGAGUCCAACAAGCGUCCACACCCCGCCUUCCCCGGCGACGACCAUGGCAACACGGACCCCGAGGGCCGUCGUCCGCCGCCGCCGCCUUGGAUGAACCAGGGCCCCGGCCUGACGAUCGAGACGAGCGUCGGUGACGUCAAGGUCGUGUUCUAG